AUGUGCUUCCGCCGCCGAUCUGUUGCUCGAACUGAGAAACCUGGACUGCGCAAAUUGCCAUCACCCGGUGAUCGAGCCCGCGUCGACCAAAUUUGUGUCUUCUGCUGGCACUGCAACUGGCUGACACCAACCAAAUAUGCAAUGCCGAUCGAUACAGAUGACCUCGAACGGCUAAAGAUGGCCUUGGUAGUUGCAAAGGAAAGCACGGUCAAUUCCAUCCUGCCUUGCGCCGGUUACGAAAAAGCGGAAGCGUAUCGGCUCGAAAUUGAGGCCUUGAAACAGGAGUUUGAUGACAUGAGACCAAGAAGCAACGCACAGGUGAAAAAAAUGCGAGAAGAACUGAACGCUAGCCGGGCGAAAGUGGCUGAGCUCGAGGAAAAGAAUCGCUCUUCCGAAGAACUUUUGAAGGAGGUAACGGCGGCGCAUCAACAAGGCGCGGAUGUCGAUUGUGACAUCCCUAAUGAAAGCGGCUGGUGCGCCAACUGUGGGAAACAAAUUCAGUCGGUCAAGUCGACUUCACAAGACGACCGGCAACGUGUCCAAAAUUGGCUGGCGACGACCGCACAGAAUGCCAACAAGGCAACCACCACUUCUCCUUCAGCCCCAACUACCAGUCAAGUGCCAAAACCGGAAGUGAAGAAAACGGCGGUCGUCGCGCCAACAAUGUCAACCACCCAAGCAGCUCCGUGCACAACUUGCGCGAACACGAAAGCGCUUGAGGUCGAGCUGAAGCUGUUAACCGAUGAAAAUGACGAGCUGAACACGCAAAUUGAAGGGUUGCGGAAAGGACAGGGUACGAUGACAAAGCAAAGGAAUGCUGAAAAAGCUGAAUUUGAGGAGAAGGUCAAAAACUUAACUGAAGAAAAGAAAAAGCUCGAGUUACGCCUAACCGAGCAGGCCAAGCACCUGGAGAACAGCUUGAAGUAUAACCAGCAAAAGGAUGUGGAGAUAAAAAAUCUGCGCGAGGAGCUGCAGCGCGAAGAGCUGAAAUCAAACGAAUUACGCGAGGCGAAGACGAAAAUUGCUGCCGCCAGUCUGCAGCAAAUCAAGGGGUUGGAAGGCAAGAAUCUCCGCUUGACGAGCGAGAUCCUGGAGUUGAGGGAAAGCGCCGUGACGUACACUCGAAUCCGGGUGAAAAUUACGAAUAUUCCGAUGGACGACACGCAAGAGGACGUGAUCAAGAAGUGGCUCGACGGCGGGAAGCAUUUGAUUUAUUGGGAUGAAAGCCCUGACAUGUUCAUGCGAUUGCUCGCUGACGACACCCAAUCUUGCGUUGCGUAUCUGGCGAAUGAGAAAGCUGCUCGAGAGAAACCCGCUCCUGCAUCAUCAACUCAAAGGCCAUACGUACCGAGGGAACAACAGGCCACCACGAGCCAAGCCACUUCAAAGAAUUCAACCUCUACGCCGACUCCCCCAAAAUCUUCUACCCCCGACCCAAAAGCAACAAAUGUUCUCUCAAUUCGCGGUUUCGGCAAUGAAGCCACGGACAAGGAAAUUAUUCAAUUGGUCGAUGGUAGCACGCAGCUCUUCCAGAAGAAGGAUGGAAAGCCCCGCAUCGAAAAGUACCCCGGCUACCACCUUGUGUACAUGAACACGCCGAUAAUCGCCGAAAAGGUUUUCAACCGUCUCCAAGGCAGGACCUACAAAUGGGGCAAGCUGCAGGUCAGCUACCAUCUG